AUGGAGGUCGAGAUCUCGCCUAAGGAGUCGAGGAAGGCGUACGGCGGGGAAGGUGGAGAGUACUAUGCCUGGUCCGCCGGCGAUCUGCCGAUGCUGGCGGUGGCGGAGAAGGGGGCGGCGAAGCUCGUGCUUGGUGGGCGGGGCCUCGCCAUACCGAGCUACUCGGACUCCGCGAAGAUCGCCUACGUCCUCGAAGGUCAGUCAGUGAAUGAUCUGUACCUGUUCUCGCAGGGAGGCGAAUCACUCCGGUGAUCGCCGCCGCCGCAGGCGGUGGGAUAUUCGGCAGGUUGAUCACCGAUCCGUUCUCUGAUGAUGGUGCUGUGCGAAGCAGGAAGCGGCAGGGCCGGAAUCGUGCUGCCGGAGGCGAGUGAGAGAGUGGUGGCGAUCAGGAAGGGCGACGCCAUCGCGCUCCCCUUCGGCGCCGUCGCGUGGUGGUUCAACGACUCCAGCGAGGCCGAUCUCACGGUCCUCUUCCUCGGCGACACCUCCAAGGCUCACAAGCGCGGCGAGUUCACCGACUUCCAGCUCACCGGCGCCAGCGGAAUCUUCACCGGCUUCACGGCCGAGUUCGCCGGCAGAGCCUUCGACCUCUCGGAGCAGGAGGCCUCCAGGCUCGUCCGGAGCCAGCCCUCCGGCGGCAUCGUCAAGCUCAAAGAGGGUUUCCAGAUCCCCGAGCCCUCGGAGAUGGAUCGAGAGGGCCUCGUCCUCAACUGCGAGGAGGCCCCCCUCGACGUGGACGUCGAGAGAGGUGGCCGCGUGGUGGUGGUCUCUAGCCAGAACCUCCCCCUGGUAGGGGACUGCGGCUUCGGCGGCGACCUCGUGAAGCUCAACGGCGGCGCCAUGUGCUCCCCGGGCUUCUCCUGCGACUCCGCCUUCCAGGUGACGUACAUCACCAAGGGGAGCGGCAGAGUUCAGGUGGUGGGGAUCGAAGGCAAGCGGGUCCUCGAGACGGCGGUGAAGGCCGGCUCCCUCUUCAUCGUCCCCAGGUUCUUCGUGGUCUCCAAGAUUGCAGACGCCGGCGGGAUGCAGUGGUUCUCAAUAGUCACCACCCCCAAGUAAGCUAAACCCUACCUUCUCCUCGCCGCCAUUUCAGUAGACCUCCAUUGAUUGCUCUUUUACUGAUAUCCCACCUCAUCUUCUUCUUCGUCUCUCGUCUCUCUCUGCUCAGCCCCGUGUUCACUCACCUCGCCGGGAAGACCUCCGUCUGGAAGGCUCUGUCGCCGCAGGUCCUGAAGGCCUCCUUCAACGUCUCUCCAGAAACCGAGGAGCUCUUCAGGUCCAAGAGGACCUCUGACUCCAUUUUCUUCCCUCCCCCCCAGCUAACUGCAACCCCCUCCGCAGAGACCGAAUAA